AUGGACUACGAUGUACCGCAGACGAGACAGUCGUCAAUAGUUGUUGCCGUUCGAGUACGGCCAUUUACAAUGCACGAACAGACACAUCUGAUAAGUGACCAAAGCGGGGCUUUGGGCAAACUGCAAUUGGGAGACGCGAGUCUGGUGCUGCCAGGCGUCGAUUCCUUGUCAACAACACCUACCAAGAAUUCUGUGGGGUCUGCUGGCCGUUUUAGUAAACCGCAAGGUCUGCGACAAAUUGUGGACUGUGUUGACGACAAAAUGCUGAUUUUCGACCCGGCAGCGAAUAAUCCGUUGCGAAAGAUCAGUGAGACGGUUUUGAACGCAAUAGCUGCGCCGGCUGGAAGCCGACGCAGCGGAGAACACAAAUUUGUAUUUGACCGGGUUUUCAGAAUGGAUUCCAGCCAGCUGGACGUGUAUGAGGCGACCACAAGGCCGUUGCUAGACUCCGUUCUGGAUGGUUUUAACGGCACGGUGUUUGCGUACGGCGCCACAGGCUGUGGCAAGACUUACACCGUCAGCGGGCCGUCCGACAAUCCGGGCAUCAUCUAUUUGACCAUGCAGGAGCUUUUCAACAAAAUUGACCAGCUUCGCGACACCAAACGUUUCCAGCUGACCCUGUCGUACUUGGAAAUCUACAAUGAAAGCAUAAGGGAUCUGUUGGAGCCCGAAACAUCAAGCAAGAAACUCGUGUUACGCGAAGAUACAGACCGCCACAUAACGGUAGCCAACCUGUCACAUCAUGAGCUGGAAACGAUCGAAGAUGUCAUGGAUCUGGUCGUCAAGGGUAAUACCAAUAGAACUACCUCUGCCACUGAUGCUAACGAAACCUCAUCGCGCUCGCAUGCGGUUCUGCAAAUUCAUAUCACCCAAAAAAACCGUACCGCAGAGCUCAAAGAAGACCAAAAAUUUGCCACUUUAUCGAUAAUAGAUUUGGCCGGUAGCGAAAGAGCCUCAGCUACGAAAAAUAGAGGCGAACGUUUGCAUGAGGGCGCAAAUAUUAAUAGGUCGCUCUUAGCCUUGGGGAAUUGCAUAAACGCGCUCUGUGUGAAUGGUAAAAAAGGCUCUUCUUGCCACGUUCCAUACAGAGACUCGAAACUCACAAGGCUUCUGAAAUUCUCGCUCGGUGGUAAUUGUAAAACCGUCAUGAUUGUAUGCAUUUCGCCUGGAAGUAAUCAUUAUGACGAAUCUCUUAACACAUUGAAGUACGCAACGCGAGCAAAAGAGAUCAAAACCAAAUUGAUACGGAACAGGCACUCUUUAGAUCGACAUGUGGGCUCUUAUCUCAAGAUGAUCACAGAGCAACGACAAGAAAUUGAAGAGCUACGCACUAGAGAACGCAAAAUAAUCGAUUUGCAAAUAAGCAAAUACAAGAUUACGCGCGAAAGGGUACGAAUGGCCGUUUGGGAUAGUAUUCAAGCUUUGCGCAACAAUUUUAAGACUUCUGAAAAAUUUCAGCAUCUUAAAAUGAUUAAAGCACUGAUAUUGUGCAAAAGACGUUUCCUGCAGAUGGUUGGAGUUGAGCUCGCCACUUUGUUGAAAUUCGUCGACCUUGGUAGUCAGUUGCACGAGGAUUGCUCCACACUUUACGACCAACUGAGUGAUAAGAUAAAAGACCUCGAACAAAGCUUCGAUACUCCGGAUGAACUGGAUUUAUCCCUCGAUCAUACGAGAGAAGUGGACUUACAAAAAUUGCGGGAAAUGGAAAAUUGGAAUGAUGAUUCAGAUCUAGUAUGGUAUGAUUCGCUGUUGAACUCGGUAUCUGAAUCUGUGCGUAAUGAAAUUCUUGUGUGCUCCUCUAUGGUGAUGGAAAAAUUCAUGCAAGAUAGCGUGCUGGUAGACAGGAUCAAAUUCAUUUCACAGACACUUUUGAGAAGCUUCAUAGAAAAUAACACGGAAGAUCCGAUCAACACCGAAGUGCUGCUACAAGCAGUCCACCAGCAAAUGAGAAGUCUUGUUCAGAUUGACCAAGAAUUUGAAGCAUUCGCAGCAACUGUCCAGAGUAACGUGGCGUCCACCGCGUCCGCCAAUGUAGGUCCUUCGGACUGGGCCCGCGACUGGAACGUGCGUAGAGCAUCUACGACACAGCCCCACAGAAAGCAUGCAACGGCCAAAGUAACGAAAUCCAAUAGCGGGACGCCGUCUCCGAUUCAGCGGUCGCGAGCUACUCCUGGCAAUGCCAAUAAUAAGAGCGCCAAGAAGGUUAGAUGGUCCGAGGUUCUUCCUGGGAACGAUUCUACGUCGAUGAUGAUGGACGACGACGACCAAGAAGCUGCUGGACCGAGUGGUAACGCGAUGGUGUGGCCGUCGUUUGAAGAGGACGUUAGUAUGCAGGAUAUUCCGGCAGGUGGAGGGUUCACCGAUACCGGUAAUGUUGGGCCUGGCGGGACAUCUGGUGUUGGGUCUGGUGCUCGCAAGAUGUCCUUGACCGCUACUGCGUUGGUAAGAGGGAAGUGA